AUGCCGCCUAAAGCCGCCAAAGGCGAAUACAUCGAGACCGACACAGGCAACAAAAUCUCCCGCCGCUCCCAAAUCCACGGAACCCAGCACAUCAUCCUCGGCGGAAAGACCGUGAUCCAAGCCGAGGCCGUCAUCCGCGGAGACCUCUACCGCUCCUCCACCUCAUCUUCAUCCUCAGACCACCACGGCCACAGCAGCAGCCACCACCACCACACCUCCUCAACCUCCGCCCCCACCUCAACCCCCUCCGUCGCCAUCACAAUCGGCCGAUACAGCUACAUCUCACGACAAGCUGUUCUGCGGCCCCCGUCGCGUCUCCACAGAGGCGUCCACUCGUUCUACCCACUCAAGAUCGGCGACCACGUGUUCGUCGGCGAGCGCGCCGUCGUGGAGGCCGCGACUGUUGGGAAUCAUGUGCAUAUCGGGCGCGAGGUGGUGGUGGGGAGUAUGGCGAUUUUGAAGGACUUUGCGUAUGUGCUUGACGGGGCGGUCGUGCCGGCGGGUAUGGUGGUGCCGAGUUGGUGUGUUGUUGGGGGCGCGCCGGCGAGGAUUGUAGGGGAGGUCGGGGAGGGGUAUGGAGUUGAGGGGGCGGAGGGGGGGAUGGCGAGGGAGAGGUAUAGGGUUGUUGGGAGGUAG